UCGAUCAUACAAACAUAGCUCUGCGUAUGCGUAAAACAUAAUAAUUAUUAACACCGACUGAUAACUUGAAAUACUUAUUCAGAAGACAUAAGAUCGUUCUAAAAAUAAAGUACUUUACAAUAAAGUUCAAUAUUAAUUAAUUCCAUGCAAAUAUUUUUUAGUGGUGCUUAUAUAAUUUAUCUAAUUUAAGUUUAGCUUCAAUAUUAAUUCAUCAUUGGCCAUGAAGGUGACGUAUACCUGGUUAAUAUAUGCAUGUAUAAUUUUUGGAAUAGACGUUUUUUGUGAUAGAAUAUUUGAAAAACGACAAACUGUUUCAUCAUGCGAAAUCAAAGACCAAUACAAAUGUAUAUCUGGCCAAUGUAUUGAUAAAACAUCAAUUUGCGAUGGAACUCGAGAUUGUAAUGAUGGGUCUGAUGAAACUUUAGCAUUAUGUAAUACAGUUCGAGUGCGGUAGAUCGUAUAUCGGACACAAAUUAUUGAUCGAUAAUGGUAAGACAGCACAGGUUGGAACAGCACCUUGGAAUGUAGGAGUAUAUCGAUUUAAUAAAGAAAAUUCCAAAUAUGACUUGAUAUGCGGAGGAUCAA